CGCCAAACCUCCCUCGUUAGCAGCUACGCUCGUGCUGAAAUCGAUUCCGUUCGUGUUAUUGCAGAAUCGAUUCAGCGUGUCAUCGGGACCCUCGCGUGGGUGGUGAAAUUGCGCGGGAACUUGAAGCGUGAGGGAGAUAAAUGCGUACUACGGUAGCUGUACAUAAAAAAGAUAUAUUAGUUUAAAAAUGUUUUAAUUUAUUAAAGUCGCGAUGGCCGAGUCUAUGGACCCAGCGGAGGUGGAAUUUCUGGCGGAGGAGGAGACGGUCACGAUCAUUCCCAACUUCUCCCUGGACAAAGUUUACCUCAUCGGGGGCGACCUGGGACCCUUCGACCCGGGGCUGCCCGUGCGGGUGCCCCUCUGGCUGGCCAUCAACCUCAAGCAGCGGCAGAAGUGCAGGAUCCAAGCCCCGGAGUGGAUGAGUGUAGACCGCCUGGAGCAGCUGCGGGAGGAGGAGCGGGCAGCCCAGACCUUCACCCCCAUGCCCAGCCCCCACUACAUGGAGCUCUCCAAGCUGCUGCUCAACGUAGCUGCUGACGAUGUCCCGCGUGCCGACGAGAUCCGGGCGCUGUUGCGUGACCUGUGGGACACGCGCACGGCCAAGCUGCGUCUCUCGGCCGACGGCUUCGUGUCUCAGCAGGCGAGCCACGCGCAGCUGGACAACCUCACGGUGAUGGAGGUGAACGGCAUCCGCCCAUUUUUCCUGGGUUCCCUCAGCCUCCUGCAGAGGCUGCGUGGGAACCUUACGCCCGGAGCAACACAGGCGGAGUCUCAGGAGUCUUGAGUUUGCUCGCUCACGCGGGAGUGCGUCCCUUCGCCAAGCUCAGCGACCAAUCAAAGGCACGCAGGCGGGUUCAUCUGGUGCGCAGGCUGACCUCUAAGGGACCUGGGUUCGAUUCCCAACUCGGCCACCUGUGUGGAGUUUGUGUGUUCUCUCUCUCUCCGUCCUGCAUGGAUUUCCUUUGGGGGUCUCCUCCCCAUAGCUAAAACCCCAUUCAAUGUAAGCGGUAAUGACCAAAACAACAUCGGACAUGUGCUGAAAUAUUACCUACAAAUUAUUCUAUCGAGAUCAAGACUGUUCCCCCUUAUAGGCUUAACAGAAUGUUGGGGGAAGUGCUGUUAGCGAGCAGCACCUAUGAAGGCCGGCAUGGCACACCAGGAGGUGGGUGGCCAGCACAAUGCCCGGGCGCCUAUGUUUCCCCAGUGGCGAUGUUUACACAUUGCACCAGGUACUCAUUUGAGGCAGAGUCAACCUAGGGGAGGCCCAGGACCGUUUCAAAUAAUCGUCACUGGUGUUGGUGGCUGUGAGUGGGAAUCAAACGCAGGUCGCUGGGUUUCGUAGCGCAGCGCUAACCGCUCCACCACCGCUCCCCACAAUCAAGGUCAGGACCCUUCCUGAACACAAGUGUUGAGCACGAACAGCUGACUUUGGUGUGCGUUGGCGUCGGAUCCACGCGUCCCGCGGUUCCCUGUACAAAUUCCCCGACUGAUACGGACGCUCUGGCGCGUGGGGUCGGACCGUCGCCUUGCCGACUGUGAAUAGCCCCGUAUGUGCGUGUGUAGCGAUAAAAACAGUGUUGGUUACUGUUAUUAUGUGUGCGCGUUUCCGUUCGUCUGUCAAUGUAUGAAAUAAAAGUGAUUUUGACCA